AUGAAAGACUUGGGAGAUCUCAAGUAUUUUUUGGGUAUUAAAGUUUUAAGAUCAGCAUCAGGGAUCAUAUUGAACCAAAGAAAGUACAUUCUUGAGUUGAUUGCUGACACAGGGCUUAGUGGUUCUAAACCAGCUAUCACCCCUCUAGAAUCUAAUGCCAAGUUAACAUCUAUUGAGUAUGAUCAUGCCACAGGUGCACAAGAUGAUGAGUUGCUAUCUGACAUUUCAUCUUACCAAAGACUUAUUGGGAAACUUAUGUAUGCCACUAUUACAAGGCCAGACAUUACUUUUUUUGUGCAAACUCUCAGCCAAUUCAUGCAACACCCUAAGAAAUCCCACUGGGAAGAAGCUACUAGGGUUCUCAGAUAUCUUAAAGGUUUUGUUGGACAAGGUAUCUGGUUCAAGGCUAAGCCUGAUGCUUCUUUAACUUGCUGGUGUGACUCAAAUUGGGCUACUUACCCCAACACCAGAAGAUCAGUUACUGGUUAUACCAUUCACUUUGCCACGUUACAAUCGGAAGUGGCAAAAAGGGUUGUUAUUCCUGUUAAACCAUUGACGUAUUUGUAUAUAGAACCAAGAGUAGUUUGGGAUGAGGAGAAAGUAUCUCAGAUAAUUGUUAAUGAAGAUCUGGAAUAUGCAGUAGUAGGGAAAUACGUGUUGAUAAGAGCAGCAAGAAUGGAGGAUUACGUCAACCUCUUAUCAAAACCUAUUUUGCACAUAGCACAUAGGAAUUGGAACUAUCCUAUGCGAACUUUAAAGUGGGAUCCGUUGUUUGAUCCACAAGAGGAGACGUCGAUAGCAAUUGUAUGGAUAUCCCUGCCAGCUCUUCCACCCAAUUUUUUUGGAAAAAAAAAAAUCAUUAGCAGCAGCAGUUGGCAAGCCCUUACAAAUUGA